AUGACAAUGAGACAGCAAUAUCUUUCCUUUUACAUCAAUAGUAGAGCCAACUCCACUGUUAAAAUUGGUUUAUUCGCUUCUUCGAUUGGAAAUAAAAGUGCCAAUGCCAAUAUGGCCGAGAACCACAGCGGCAUCUCACAGCCUACACCCAACGACGUCGAUAGCCAUCUCAGCAAAAGUACAUACGCCAAAGUAUGCUCAGAUCAUUCUGAAAAGCUCAGCCCUCUCCAGAAACACGUUCAAUUCUGGGACCGCGACAAUGACGGUAUCAUACAUCCAUGGGACGUCUACAACGGCUUCCGCGAGCUCGGUUUCGGCCUCUUCUUCUCAAUAGGAUCUCUUCUGAUUCCCAUCUUCUUUUCAUAUCCAACACGGCUAGGUCACAGUUGGCUGCCUGACCCCCUGUUCCGCAUCUAUGUCAAUGAUAUCCACAAGGCCAAACAUGGCUCCGACACAGGCAUCUUCGAUUUUGAUGGAAACUUCAGCCCUGAGAGAUUUGAGCAGAUGUUUCAGCGGUUCGACACCUCAGGUGAAGGGGGUUUGACUGCUGAUGAUCUAUGGAGACUAUGGGCAAAAGAUCGCUGUGCGGCCGACCCGGCUGGUUGGACCUUUGCCUUCAUGGAGUGGUGGACAACAUAUGUGCUUCUCCAAGAGGAUGGUCUUGUGAAAAAGGAUGACCUGCGAGCCUGUUACGACGGAAGCCUGUUUUGGAGGAUCAAAGACGAAAGAGAGAGAAGCGGCGAUUAUAUGGAAAGGAAGAGCUUUGGCAUGAGGAACUUCUUUGCUCCAAUCUAG